GCAUUUUAUUGGUGUUGUUCGAGCUGAGAGGAAUUGCAGCGAAUUUGUGUCUCUUGACGGAUUAUCCAGUGAAGAAAACAAUAAAUUAAUAGACACUUUUUUCUCGCGAGUGUUUAUAAAGUGUUUUAGAAAUCGUCAAAAACGACGUUCAACAAUUUAUUCUAUACAAAUAGACUAACAUCUUCUUUGGGAAAAUUCCUCAAGAAUAUUGAAAUUUAUUUCCAACUCCACUCACAGUGUUGUUAUUGUGCGGUGUUUUAAGUAGCAAUAUAUAUGGUGAUUUAUUUAAAAGACUGAGUUUUGUGAAAUCGUUUCCACUCAAACAGGGAGUAGGUUUCUCUAUUUUGUUGUGUGCAAACGAUUGCGCCUCGGGAAGUUGGAAGAAAGGGUCUGUAAAGGACACAACUGUCACGUGUUGGUGAAAUAAGAGUCGAUAGACCAUCCCAUCCACUUACCCAGCCCCAGUAAAAAAAACCAUCAAAAUGCCAUCUAGAGAAUUGAGCGAUCCACCAAAUGGAGUCACAAGUCGUGACGAGCAUUGGGACACCCUCUCGCCCCACGAAAACCUUCGUAUUAUUAAGAAUGUGAUAAUACUGGGCUUCGCCUUUAUGGUGCACUUUACAGCAUUUCAUGGCACGUCGAAUUUGCAGAGCUCGGUGAAUUCGGAUGCUUCUUUGGGAACCUUCACCCUCGCCGCCAUCUACGGCUCCCUCAUCCUCUCCAAUAUCUUCCUGCCCGCGGCGAUCAUUAGUUUCUUGGGCUGCAAAUGGACCAUUGCCAUCUCUUUUAUCGCCUAUAUGCCAUUUAUCGCCAGUCAGUUCUAUCCACGAGCUUACACCCUUCUACCAGCCGGCUUAGCUGUAGGCUUUGGGGGUGGUCCACUUUGGUGUGCCAAGUGCACAUACCUGACUGUCGUGGCUGAAGCUUUUUCUCAAUUUGGUGGACGUCAUCGCAUGGGUCAAAAGAGUGAGGUGACAGUGGUGCGAUUCUUUGGACUUUUCUUCGUUUUUUAUCAAAUGGCUCAGGUGUGGGGCAACUUAAUUUCAUCCUCAGUUCUCACCCACUUGACUGGAACAUCCAAUGAAUCCUUUGAAGCUAAUUCCACGGCAUAUUUGCUGCGAGAUGUAUCUACUAUCUGUGGGAGUAACUUUUGUCCAAACAGUGCCAAUGCGAUGGAAAACUCCAAUCUUCGCCCACCUGAUCCCCGACACAUUCACAUACUAUCCGGUAUCUUUCUGGCGUGUAUGGUGACAGCCUGUCUGGCGGUGACGUUUGGAGUGGACUCCCUGACGAGAUAUCAGAAAAAGCGUCAGGGUGCAGCGGCUGGUCUUUCUGGGCUGAAACUCUUGGCUGUAACUUUGAAGCAGCUGAAAGAACGUUACCAACUUCUUCUACUGCCAAUCACAGCUUUUAUUGGUGCCGAACAAGCUUUUGUUGCUGUAGAUUUUACAGCUUCUUUCAUAGCCUGUGGCUGGGGUAUUUCCCGCAUUGGUUAUGCGAUGAUUUGCUUCGGAGUGGCAAAUGCCGUGGGAUCAGCUGUAGCUGGAGCUCUGACAAAAAUUACCGGACGCCUUCCAGUUCUCCUGGGAAAUCUCAUUUUGCACUCCUGUCUCAUUUUCUGGAUGCAAUUCUGGCAUCCGGUGGCAUCUGAUGGACUCGUUUAUUGUACCAUGGCAGCUCUGUGGGGAUUGGCGGAUGGCGUGUGGUUAGUUCAAAUCAAUGCUCUCAGUGGAAUUCUAUUCCCGGGCAAAGAAGAAGCAGCUUUUAGCAAUUUUAGACUGUGGGAAGCAACUGGUUCAGUCGUGACAUACUCCCUCAGCCCAUACCUCUGUUCUCACACAAAAUUAUACCUUCUCUUUGCACUAAUGCUCAUUGGAAUGGCGGGCUACUCAACAAUCGAGAUGAUGGAAAAAAAGCAAAAGAACAAUCCACCAAAUGAGAAAUCCUUCGAAUUGGUCACGGGGAAUGACGAAAUGGAGAAAAAUGGAAUAUAAUUGUCUCAAUAAUCCCUCCCAAAUGUCAAAUUGUAUGAAAAAAAAACACAUUAUAUGAAAAAAAAGAUAAUAAAAUUGAUUAAAAAGCUUGA